UUUAGGACGCUCCGUGGCCACGUUCUCCCAGUUAUCCGCUCCUGGUUUUGCCGUUCCUCUCUCAGCCUCGGCGUUUUUCCAACCUUGUCUGUCUCUCAGCACUCCAGCAUUGCUGCGCAAGCAGAUGCUCUCUCGCUGAGGCCAAUUAUUGCAAUUUCUCGCAUCUUGGCCACACUCGCUCGCUCGACGGCUGUCAAGUGGGGAGAAAAGUGCGUCCUUUCCUCUUUCUGCAAGUGCGGGGAGUGAGACUUUUUUUUUCUUUUUUCUUUUUUUUUUUUAGGAGUGGGGGAGACGAUAGCGUCAGUUUUGGGACAAAACAAGGCAGAUUUCCGCGGCUGCGGGAAGGCAUCAUUUUGAUGUACCACACCUGUGAUUCGUUGUUGCGAGCGAGGAUGGCCGCCGAGUCCAUGUGCUGAGGAGCACACUUCAGCAUCGUCUUAACAGUGCUUCAAUCUCAUCACACACUUUGGACAUUUAAUGCUCACCUUUCUUCACUGCUCGGUCGUCUUGUGAAACUUGAAUUUUUAUUUAUUGUUGUUAUUUAUUUAUUUAUUUAUUUUUCAAAAGACGAAUAUGCCCUUACUUGUGGACUCCUUUGUCCGCUGUCGACUCGGCGCCAAGCUUCUUGUGCUUUGGCUCAGCUUCGCCGGCGUCACCUGCACCGGUUCUGAGCAUGCCGCCACAGCGACACAACCUGCAGCCUUCUCCGACCUGUUACCUCACUUCCUGGUGGAACCAGAAGACGAGUUCAUAGUGAAAAACAAGCCGGUGAUGCUCACCUGCCGAUCCACCCCAGCGACGCAGAUCUACUUCAAGUGCAACGGCGAGUGGGUUCACCAGGAUGACCACUUAAUUGUGCGGACUGUGGACCCAGCUACAGCUCUGCCAGUCAUGGAGGUGACGAUAGAAAUCACCAGACAGCAAGUGGAGAAGAUCUUCGGCCUCGAUGAGUACUGGUGUCAGUGUGUCGCCUGGAGCACCACAGGAACUCAGAAAAGCCAAAAAGCAUUCAUCAGGAUUGCUUACUUGAGAAAGAACUUUGAGGAGGAGCCUCAGGCUAAAGAGGUGGCAUUGGAGCAGGAGGUGUCACUGCGCUGCCAUCCCCCCGAGGGAGUGCCAGAACCCGAGGUGGAGUGGCAGAGGAACGAGGCCAUGAUCGACCCACAGAGCGACCCCAAUUUUUUCAUCACGGCUGACCAUAAUCUUGUCAUCAAGAAGGCCCGACUGGCCGACACGGGCAACUACACAUGUGUGGCCAAAAACAUUGUCGCUCGCCGCAAAAGUAACUCUGCCACGGUCCUAAUCUAUGUCAACGGCGGCUGGUCCACGUGGACCACCUGGUCAUCCUGCAGUGCUGUGUGUGGGCGAGGCUGGCAGAAGAGGAGUCGGAGCUGCACCAACCCCACGCCACUGAACGGCGGCACGUCCUGUGAGGGGCAGAACGUCCAGAAAAGUGCUUGUGUGGCCACCUGUCCAGUGGAUGGCGGUUGGAGCGAAUGGAGCAAGUGGUCACCAUGCGGGGCUGACUGUGCGAUGUGGAGGAGCAGGGAGUGCACCCAGCCAUCACCUGGGACCGGAGGCAAGGACUGCCAGGGGCUCGAUCUUCAGUCUCUUAACUGCACCAGCGAACAGUGCCCACAGACCGUGAGCAGAGCGGAGGACGUGGCGCUGUACGUGGGCAUGGUGGCUGUGGCUCUGUGUCUGACCCUGCUGCUCAUCAUCGUAGUUCUGGUCUACCGGCGCAAGAAGGGAGGUCUGGAUGCCGAUGUAGCAGACUCCUCCAUUCUCACUACUGGCUUCCAGCCGAUGGGCAUCAAGCCCAGCAAGCCAGGUGUGUGGGCGCCACGGCCACGCAGGGCCCUCACCCACAGCAAGAAUUCUCAUUUGCUUACCAUCCAGCCAGAUCUAACCACCACCACCACUAGUUACCAGGGCACCCUGCGGUCUCGACACGAUGCCACUGGUAAGUUUUCAAUGACCAACGGGCCUCUGCUGGACCCGCUUCCCAAAGGCUCACACACGCUGCACAAUGGGAAGCUCAAUUCGGACCCAGCAGACUUCGUGAGCAGGCUGUCCACUCAGAGCUACUUUAAAACGCUGUCCCGUGACGUGGCCAACACUUCCUAUGGCACCUUCAACUUCCUGGGCGGCAGGCUGACAAUUCCUAACACUGGAAUCAGUCUGCUCAUUCCUCCAGAGGCCAUUCCCAGAGGCAAGAUCUAUGAGAUUUAUCUCACCGUUCAGAAAAAAGAGGAUUUAAGGUUACCCCUGGCUGGCUGCCAAACCCUGCUCAGCCCCGUUGUGAGUUGCGGGCCUCCGGGGGUGGUCCUGAGCCGCCCCGUUAUCCUGAGCAUGGACCACUGCUCUGACGCUUGCCUUGAUAACUGGGCCGUCCGCCUCAAGAAGCAGACAUACGAGGGUGCUUGGGAGGACGUCCUGUUAAUGGGGGAGGAACUGGCGUCGGAUCCCUAUUAUUGCCAGCUGGAGGCCGAGACGUGCCAGCUGUUUUCUGAGCAGCUGGGCACCUUCGCCUUGGUGGGAGAGUCUCUCCACAUGGGUGCUGCCAAGCGCUUGAGGCUGGUGCUUUUUUCCGACGCCUACUGCUCCACGCUGGAGUACAACGUCAGGGUCUACUGCAUGGACGACACGCAGGAUGUCUUCAAGGAGGUGAUGGAGAUGGAGAGGCAACUCGGGGGUCGGCUGAUUGACGAGCCUCACAUCCUGCUCUUCAAAGACAGCUACCACAACCUGCGCCUGUCCAUCCAUGAUAUGCCCCAGGCCCACUGGAGGAGCAAGCUGCUAGCCGGCUAUCAGGAGAUCCCGUUCUACCACAUCUGGAAUGGCUCCCAGCGGUACCUGCACUGCACGUUCACUCUGGAGCGCCUCAGCCUCGGCACCUGCGAGCUCACCUGCCAGCUGUGUGUGUGGCAGGUGGAGGGCGAAGGACAGAGCUUCAGCCUCGACUUUAACAUCGCCAAGCAGGACACCCGAGCCGUGGACUCCGAGUUCCUGUUAAUGGACACUAAUGCCACUGCCCUCGCAGGGCCCAGCGCCUUUCAGAUCCCGUACCUCAUCAGGCAAAAGAUCUGCAGCAGCUUGGACGCCCCGUGUCCCAACGGAGCCGACUGGAGAAUGCUCGCACAAAGACUCAAGCUUGAGAGACACAUGGGCUUCUUUGCGUCCAAAGCGAGCCCGACCUCGGCCAUCCUCGACCUGUGGGAGGCGCAACAUUUCCACAGCGGCAACAUCAACCAGCUGGCCGCCGUCAUGGCGGACAUCGGCAAGCAGGAAGCCAUGAUCUUCCUGGUGUCGGACGGCGAGUGCUAACAGGCUGAGAGGAAACGGCGGAGAAGACAAGCAGGGUGGAAGAAUACAUGCAGUGGAAAUAGACCAUCUGAGCUGUCUGUUUUAGAUCAGGCAAUGUAGGAGGACACAGUUUUAAUUAUUUCCACUGAGAGAAUCAUAUUCAAGCAGCUCAGUAACACCCCCAAAUUAUUUCAUACAUAAUUCCAUGUCUUAUGUAGCACUUAAUGUUGUCUAACAAUGACAGAGUCAUUUAAUUCCUUUGAAAAAUGAAAUCUAUAGAAAGCCCUUAGAGUCUUUAUUCAAUAUCCUUGAUAUCCAUCUUAUGUUUCAGGUACUAAUGCACUCUUUGGGUCAUAUUCUCCCAUUCGUGCAUAAGUCUGAGGCUGGCUGUAAAUCAUGGAGCAUGGCGUUUUCUUGAGACAUGUGAAUGUCAUAGAAAUCAAUUUGGAAAACAUAAAGUCACACACGUAUGAAAUAUGAAAAUACCUUCCGUAACAGAUGUGUCGUCGCCAGAUUUGAGUGGAUGGGAGAAUGCGCGCAGCCAGAAAAGCGCUCAGCUGCGCGCAUUUUCUGACUUACGCACACAGUAGAAUAUGGCUCUUUGUCCUCACUAGUAUAACGACUGUCUUACUACUAACUAGGUGAUUACUUCUAAACAUAAUUUUAUUUAUAUAUAUAUAUAUAUAUACACACAUACACACACAUAUAUACACACACACGGGUCUACUAGUACUACUAGUGUGAUUAUAAAAUUGUUCUAUUUCACUUGUAGUAGAAGUGCUAGUGGGCAGAAAUGUCAUACAGUAGUGGAUACAAAAAGCUUAAGGUCUCAUCUUUUUUAAAAUCUUCCCCCCCCCACCCCACGGCAGCUUCCGUAGUCUGCUGACGCACACUAGGAGCUAGUUUACUUAAGAGCCACUGUUUCCUUUUCAAUUUCAGCACCUUUUAUUUAUGUUCAGUGACAGUUGUUGUUGUUACAUAUUAAUCCCAAAGGGAAUAUUUUUUAUUCAUUAUUGUUAAAUUAUAGAUUUACAAUUAUUUAAACUGUAUUAUAAAUGUAUUGGUGGUUGUGUUUAAAGGGCCACUUCCAAGUUUUGAACAAUGUCAUUGUCAUUUGCAUUUUCUUUUUAUUGGAGGAGAUAAAAUAGAUUAAAUUCAAAAAUCAGACUUUUGGGAAUAAAAUAAGGGAUUUUAUUUUCAAGGCCUUACUACAGUAAUAAGACAGUCACUCUACCAGUGCUAGUGAGGACAAAGACCAUACUAGUACAUGUACAUGAAGUGCAUAUCAAGGAGAUCUGCUACAGUAUUUAAAGCAGGAGCUUUCUGCAAUACGAUGGAACGUCCAUCUGAGGACCCCAAAUUACCAACCCCCCGCCACACUUUGUCUCAAUGUUACAUGUGUGUUCUCUACAGCGAGGACUCCCUCAUUUCUUCACUUAAGUUCACGUGCCAUCGCUAAUGAAGGCGCUGCGGGGCCUCUAAACACUUGGGAAGCAACGGAUGACAUCACAGUCCUAAGUGACGUGUCCUUUAAUUGCUUUAAUUGUGAGGCACACUUAAUGUUUGUUGUUGACCGAAUAAUCUGCGGUAGAUAGCGUCUACUUAAAGGGCCACUUUGUUUAUAGAGUCGUUUUUAUGAAGAAGCCAUGUUUGGUGCGCUUUUCUGUUCCGGUACCACGUUUCUUGCAGCUGCAUUUACAACCAGGCCGCAUACACAAAGAGAACAUCCGGAGUUUCGAUCCCCAGUUCAGCCAUUUUGCGUGUGAGUGCGCUCCUCCUCAGGGUUGCAUGUGAUGUCCAUAAAGUUGUCAGGAGACCCCCUGCCCGCCCUCGCUCCCUCAUUCAAGACACACUCAGUCAAACAGCUGGCGUAGGCUCCAAAGCCCCUCGACACACCGGAGCUUCUUUUUAUGAUUGUCCUGAUUUUUGGAAUGUACUUUUAUGUUUCCGUGUGCUUUGCAAAGGGGACACUUAGUUUUAAUGUGCCGACACUGUAAUUCCACAGCUACUGCAGCUUCAGGACUAUUAGGGCCACAAACCAAUAGAAAAUUAAGAAACAGUUCCAGAAUAAUGCUGUGAUAUUAUAACAGUCCUAAUAUAAUGAGAAUUUAUUUGUUAUGUCAUUAUAAUAGUCUGACUUUUUGGAAAAAGAUAGAGGCAAGUCAUAAUGUGGCGAGAAUGAAAAGUCACAAUGUUACAUGGAAAAAGGUUGUAAUGUCCCAAGAAAAGUUGGAAUGUGAUGAAAGUCAUAAAUGGGAAAAUUGAAACUUUUUUUUCCUGGCUUUCCUGAAAUCUUAAAAGAAAAUACAUAUAUUUUUAUUGCAUACAUCUUGUAAAAUUGACCUCAUAUUGUGACUAAAUUCUUCUAGAAUGACUACUUUAUGCAUGUAAAAUAUUUUGUUCGAAUUCAUUUAUGACUUUAAUAUUUUAGCACACUCAACAUAACCUGUUGUAACCUGUUUUGCAGGGGGGGCGGGGGGCGGGGGUCCCGGGCCAAAGGAGCCACCCCGCCUCCCUGAAACGUGUGUCAUCACUACAACAGCGUUUGGUACCAUGACGACUAGGGGCGGAGCUACAAGCUAGUUUCUUGUUGAGCCCGCCCCAGAGUCAAAAACGCAAACUGUAGUGUAUGUGAAAUAAGUCAACUAGUAAAAUGACAGAUUUUUCUUGGACCAUUGUAGGUAUUAACAUUAUUUUAACUUCUUCUUUUUUUUCUCAAAUGAAACUUUUCUCAUAUUUCAACUUAAAAAAGUUGUGUGUAGUAUUAGCACUAUAAAUGUUUUAUUAUUUAGUCUUUUGCAACUAUAAUUUUAUUUGUGUACAAUUAUGACUUUUUCAUCAUAAAAUUCCCACUUUUUUCUUGUAAGAUCAAAUUUUCCCAUGUUUUAUUCUAAUAAAUUUGGAUUUUUUUUUUUUUUUUUUUAGUAAUACUGCAUAUUUUUUUCCACUUUUGAUUGUGGCCCUAAUACUCCUUGGUUAUUUUUCCACCUGACUUUUAUUUCCACUUUCUCCAACCACCAGAGAGCGUUUGGUCCCAAGAUGCCACGACACCAAGUGUUUGUGUCAUUUCUGACAGUAGUAGCCUUCUGACACAAAAUGUUCAUCUCACCAAAUAAAUCUUGUUGAAAAGGAUCACAUUCACAUGUAAUAUAAUACUUUUUCUAUCACAGCCACAUGCUGUCAUUUUGCAUAAAGUUUAGUGUGUGUGUCUGUGCGUGUGAGCUAAAUUGGUAACCAAAGUUUUCCCUCAUCCUUUUCAUUGCAAUGCUGUGUGGCGAGCAUCCACAUCUUUCUGUUAUUUAAGCCGUAAUGUUGACUGUGUGUGUUUGUGUGAUCACUUUGUAAAGAAAUGUAAAUUAUAUUUUAAUAUGAAGCCAAAUAAUAAUAAUUUUUAAAAAAAAAUGACACUUAAGUUCCGCGGCAUUUGUCAAGUUAAAUCGUGACGUGUUUGCCUAUUUAACUGUUGUUUGGCGAUCUAGCAGUGGAGACUUUUUGCAGUGUUAUAAGGCUUUAGAGAGGCUCUUUAUGUGUUUGUUGUUUGUUUGCCAUCACUUACAAGUGUCAGCAUUUACAGUACAUAUCGGCUGGAGGAAGACGGUGGCCUUGUUUGAUAAGCCGUGGCAGUUGUUCAGUCGCUCUGAGUGAGUGGGUGAGUGAGUGAGUGAGUGAAUGAAUGAAUGCACGUCCCACUAAACUGGCUGCCGGCAUAUCCCACAUUUGCUUACAUCACAACUGUACAUUUUGUAUCACUCGUUACUAUUUCAAGUCAAGGUGUGUGUAUGCGUGUUCAUUACAUGACGUUGCUAUUGUUUUUUUCUUUUUGUCUGAGUAGGCUUUUGUAUUUGUGAACUUUUUCUGUUUUUGAGUCAAUGUUCCUUGCCUUUCUGCAUUCAAAAAUGCUGUACUUAUUACAUGCCACUGCGCUUAUGCAAUUGUAUAAUCCCUAUUUUCUGUUUUAUUUUGUUUUUGUUAUAUUACCUUUUGUGUUUUUACCGUCAAUGUAAAUUGUUGUCGAGACUUUUUGUGGCAAAGGAAAAACUUAAGCAAAGGGAGAUUUUCUGUACUUUUUGGACAAUGAUGGAUUUGUUGGUAGAGUUUUUGAAAUUCGUUUCUAAGUGCUUUCAAGUAUUUACUUGGCCUUAUGUAUAUAGAUAUAUAUAUCAAUCUAUGACAUUUCAGAAAGGUAUGUAUAGUAAUUGAACCUGAAAUCUCUGUAAAUAAAUUAUAUAUUGUUUAUUCAAGGA